AUGCUUCCGCUUCGACGUGCUGCAAAUCGCACCGCAUCUCACACAUAUCCCCACGACGUGUAUGCUGCAUUGGCCGCAACACUGGAUGCGUGGUUGGCUGAAUUCGAGUUGACGCGGCUGUUGUUCGACUCCCUCGAGGACAUGCAUGCCAUCUUGCUCCUCCAUGCUGCGUAUUCGGGUUGCGUGGACGUCGUGGACAGCGUGGAAUAA